AUGGAGGCGCAGCUUCUGGAUGGGCUCAAUGCAGCUCAGAGGGCUGCCGUUACUUCUCCAGCACCGGUGCUACAAGUGCUUGCGCCACCAGGGUCCGGGAAGACCAAGACAUUAACCUGCCGAGUUGCCUACCAGAUUGCCCACCAUGGGCUCAAUCCUCAAAAUGUCAUUUGUUGUACAUUCACCAUCAAAGCCAGCCGGGAAAUGCGCGAGAGAUUGAGGGGACUGGUCGGUUGCGAACUGGAGGCUAAGUUGGUUCUUGGGACAUUCCACUCCAUAUGUCGACGUUACCUGGUCGCAUACGGUCACCUCAUCGGCAUCCCAAAAGCUUUCGGCAUCGCAGACUCCUCCGACAGCCUCAAUAUCAUCAAACGCAUCAUCAAACGGCUGAAACUAUCAAUCGAGCCGAAGGCUGCACGAUCCAAGAUUUCAAGUCAUAAAGCAAGGGGGAAGACUCUGGAAGAUCUGCCGAAGACAUCACAGAAACAUGUGGAAAAGCAGGAGUUUAUCGCUGUAUUCCACGAAUAUGAGACCGCCCUAGCGACGUCCAAACUCUUGGACUACGACGACCUCCUCCUGCGCUGUGUCGACCUCCUUCGAGCAUAUCCGGGUUGUGUGUCCAAUGUCGAAGCAUUAUUGAUUGAUGAAUUUCAAGACACCAACGUUGUGCAAUUCGAGCUGAUGAAACUCCUGGCGUCAGCUUCAAGAAGGAUAACAAUUGUUGGAGAUCCAGAUCAAAGCAUCUACGGGUUCCGCUCUGCGGAGAUUGAAAAUCUGCGACGAAUGAAAGCGUUCUAUCCUGAGACUGUGGUCAUCAAUCUGGAAGAAAACUAUCGUUCUGCAUCAUCAGUAUUGCGACUUGCUCAGGACGUCAUUGAACAGGACACAAACCGGCCCCCAAAGAGGCUGAAGGCUACCCACUGCCAUGGCACCAAGCCUGUUCUUCGACGGUUACCCAAUCCCAAUGAGGAAGCUUUAUGGAUUGCCAGUGAGAUUAAGAGAAUGACGGUGAUGGCCGGCGGCCUUCUUCUCCAUUCGGAUUUUGCUAUCCUUCUGCGAUCAGCAUUUCUGUCAUUGUUGAUCGAAAAGGCCCUAGCGAGCUCUGGCAUUCCAUACCGCAUGGUUGGUGGUCAACGUUUCUUUGACCGCAUCGAGAUUCGAAUCAUCGUUGACUAUCUUCGCACAAUCAGCCACCCAGACAACAACCAAGCAUUCCUCGCCAUCAUCAACGUGCCAUCUCGUAAGGUGGGAGAAGCGUCAAUUGCGGAGUUGAUCAAGCUUGGUGAAGAACGAAACCUCUCUCUAUGGACAGUGGUCCAAAAGAUCGUUUGUGGAGAUCUGACACCGGAGAAGAAGCUCUCCAAACCUUCCGAGCAAGAGCUUAGACGCCUAGUCACCCUCAUAAAGACCGCCAGGCAGAAGAUGGACUCUAUGAUGCCUGCUGCGGCACCCAGCAAGUUGAUUGAUUUGGUCGUCAAAUCUCUAGACUUCGAGAACUAUCUGAAGAAGAAGUAUAAGGAUGAUCAUGAGGAUCGACUCGAGAACGUCAAAGAACUUGUCACCCAUGCCUCGGAGGUUCUGUUGCAGCCUUCAAAUGAGGACCAGCUUGCCCAAAUUGAUGGCAUUGAACAACAACCCUCGGACGGUGCUCACGAAGUCCUUGCCCAAUUUCUAGCCAAUAUCGUUCUAUCCACUAACGUAAACAACUCAGAGGAUGGAAACGACAAACCUAGGGUCACCAUCUCCACCAUCCAUUCUUCCAAAGGGCUCGAAUGGCCCGUCGUCUUCAUACCCGCUGUCUAUGAGGGCUCCAUCCCUCAUUCAAGGGCGGACGACACGGAUGAGGAGCGACGUUUACUCUACGUUGCAAUGACACGGGCUCAGGCCCUGCUGACACUGACUUUUCCAUUGACUCAGUCUCGAGACCAGCUGGAAUCGAGUCUGACCCAAUUUCUGCCCCCCAAGGUUCACCGCCAUCUUGCACAAGUCGGCCCUUUAUUCAACGAUAAGACGAUCGCCGAUAUCGCCAGCAUUCUUCGACGCCCACUGCCAUCACAGGAGGAUCUUGUCAAAAGCUUGGAGGGCAUCACCGGUGGUGAUAGCCAAAUCGACGAUCUGUGGCCCAGUGAUGGCAGUCGCCGACCUCUCGCGAUGCUGCCUACAAAUGGUCAAAUGUUGCCAGAUUUUGGAAGGCCAUUGGGAGAGGUCCUGGCUGCUGGUCAAAACCAAUGGUCUUCGAAUUAUCCAGCAUGCUCAGAAAGUCAUUCGCUAACCGAACAAAGCCGAGCCCAUGAACUAGUCACUACCAUGAACAACACUGCCGCAUUCUCAACCUCGAGCAUGUCUUUGGGCUUCACCACUGCCAGUUACCAGCUUCAAGCAAGCAAUGCCGAUGCGGCUACAUCUUCAUCCGACACGUUGCCUCCGCAGAAGAAGCCCAAACUUUCAAAGUCAACAUCGGCACAGGGAAAUAUUGCAUCGUUCUUCUCAAAACCUAAUUCCCAACAUACAUUGCCUGCCGAGUUGGCUCUGCCCCAAGUUAUGAGACCAACUCAAAUGCGGCAGCCGCUGUCUGGGCCCACCCUUUCAGCAAUGAUUCCGCCCGUCCGCCGGGAGACCGGGGGGAGUACAAUCCCUUCCGAACUCUCCUCGCACAGACUGAACUUUCGAAAUGGAAUAAUCUAUCAGGGACCAAAAGCUUUGAAAGAAGCGAGCUCACAGUCGAGAUCCAAAGCUCGCUAUGUGAAUUUGUACAGUUCCUCGCCUCCCCCUCCCGACGUCGGAGACGAGGAGAACGGGGUACUAAGACAAGAUGGUGGUGAAGCGGCGUCCAAUCCGUCGGACUUUACGACCAGGGCGGCGCCUCUGACGAACUACAUCCUCUCACGCCCAGCUGAAACGAUGCACAAGACGAGCAUCUCCUCUAUAGGGUCAGCGGGGUACGUUUCCCGCGCGUCGAACAUGGGAGCAAGACAGAAGACAUUGGGAGUCCGACGGUCACUGAAUGGGUGGGACAGCCGCAAGAACAAGUAA